GAAAAGCGUUGAGUUUAAUUGGCUUAGAACAACUUAUUGCAUUUACCUAGUGUUGUUUCUCAUUGUAAGCACUGCUUGAUGCUGAAGAUAAAGUCUAUUUCCGAUAACUAUCACUAAUAGUAAAAUCUGACCACUUAUGCAAUCAUCCGUUAUAACUCUGUAGAGGUUCCAGAUACGACCGUUCGCAUAACAAGAAUUUCUAAGAAGGACCUGUCAAACUUACAGAACUUACGGAACUUCCAAUAGACACGUCAGAUCAUUACCCGAGUUUCUACCAAACUUAAUUUAAUAUUUUGACGGUCAAAGCAAACUGCCCCUAUUAGUGGUAUAUUAACUACCUACCUCCUAACCUACCUACAUAAGUGAUGUAUAAUAAAGUACCUAAGUCAUAUUUAAAGUUACCUGAUAAGUUAGCAAGUUCAGUAAUAGACUUUCCUCAAAAAGGGUCCUCGCCAUCCGGAGAAACAUUUUUUAUGUUUAUCAAGAAACUCUGAGCUUUCAGGAAUAUAAACAUAACAGUAGAUCGACUUUCCAACGCAUUCAUUCGAUCGUUUUAUGUGUCCUGGUCAAGUAAACCCUCCAUAAUCAAGAUGCGUUUCUUUAUCAUAGCUUUCGCUGUCGCCGUUCUUGGGCAGGAUGUCCAGCCUUUAGAUACCUGGACGCUCUACAACAGCACUAUCACAUGCGACCUUAAAAGCUGUCAAUAUAACUUCUUCACGCACAAACACGAGUCGGGAGAGACGGUCCAGUGUUCCCUCAACAUGACAGGGACUCCUAGCUUGACUACUCUCUUCGUCGACCAGAUCUGUCAGCCAGAUCCCCUUCACACACUUACUCUGAGUUGGGCACCCGACCGUUCGGUUAUACUAUGCAUCGCAGACAUCCACGAACGCGCGAACGCAUUCUAUGGACUCGAGAGAUGGGAGGUUGCCGAUAACAGGGUCGUCCCAAAUAAGACGGAAUUCGCGUGGAGGGCUGGCGAAGUUCCGCUUCCAAGCACUACCUUCACACGGCCAGUCCCGACAUUGCAGGAGUAAUAUCUAAUGGGUACCUCGGAACCAGCCCUAGUAUGCUCUGUUACGGUUGUAUUAAUCUGCUACGACGACCAUUCUGUCUCGUCAAAAUGGAUACCUUGCUCGGAACGCGCUUGAUAUGUCAAGAAUGAUAAAUGAUAAAGCGUCUUGUGUUUGGAAAGGGGGUAGAAAAAGGGGAAAUGCAUUAGUGAUAUCUAUGUACGAUAGGUAUGUUAUGAUAGCGAAAUAAUCUGCAUGCUAGACCUGCAGAUGAUACAUUGCCUACUUGAUGUUUUCUGUUAAAGCUUACACUGGG